AUGAAAGAGACAGACAUGGACGGUUCCGCGGAUCCCGUGGGACCUCCAGAGGACCAAAACGUUCCACAGGAGAAUUCCGAUGAUGUUCCGAAUGACGUUCGGGAAACUUCGCAGGAAUUGACAGAAAUUGAUGAAGAACCGGAACCAGAACCGCUAAACCUAGACGACUACUUAUUUGAUGACGGACAGAACGUGACAAUUGAUCUGAAUGAACAGAUGUUGAUGGUCGUUCCGGAUGGAGUAUUUUCUUUCGAAAAACUCACACAUCUGAUGCUCGGAGACAACGGUUUAACCAGUCUCCCGGACGAAAUAGAGAGACUAGUAAAUUUAGAGAUUCUCGAAGUGCCAAACAAUAACAUAGAUGUCAUUUCUAAUAGCAUAUAUCUACUAUAUCAUCUUCGUGUGCUAGAUUUCUCCAAUAACGAAGUUACUGAAAUACGACCGGAUAUUGCAAGUCUUCUUGACAUGCGCGAGCUGGUAUUCAGCGGAAACAGACUGACGCGCAUUCCAGCACAAAUUGGAUACCUGGAACAGCUCGAGUAUCUAAUUCUUAGUGAAAACAGGAUUUCCGAACUUCCCAACACGAUCGGCCACUGUCAAAAUCUAAAGGUGCUUGCAUUGGAGAGAAAUAUACUCGACUUUAUCACGGCGGAAGUGUGUAAAAUUGAGGAACUGCGCAGACUCGCAUUAUCAGGAAACCACAUAACAAACUUACCGAGAGAAACGGAAAACUUUGCAUGUCUAGAACAACUUCUUUUAGACGAUAAUGAGUUUGAGUUUGUUCCAAUUCAGGUAUAUUGGAUGGAAACCCUGACGGAACUUGCUCUGAGCGGCAACAAAUUAAAGGCGAUACAACCGGAAAUUGGCAACCUCAAGAAUCUUACAAUAUUAGGACUUAACAAUAACCAGAUCGAGGCCAUUCCUGACGAGCUAUGUGAUCUACAUUUAAUAGAGGUGUUGGGUCUGGAAAACAACCAGAUACGGGAAAUCCCUGAUAAUAUCUCCAACUUGUACAAUCUCAAGGAAAUUUACGUCGGGAACAAUUACAUCAAGGAAAUUCCGGAGAAUCUUUGCUGGUGCUCGAAUCUGGAAGUUCUAAGCUUGCUGAAGAACCAGAUUUCCGACCUCCCAGUGGAGCUGGAGAAUCUCCGUCACUUACAUUCUUUAGUGCUAACAGACAAUGUUUUCGAGGUUCUUCCUCCAGCUAUCAGUUCCCUUCACGGUAUGGAAAUAUUUCUCUCUGAUGGUAACAAAGUCUCUGCACUUCCAGAAGAUUUUGGAAGUUUGAGUAAAAUGAAACAAAUUAAUCUUAGCAGAAAUGCGUUCACAGAGUUUCCCGUAUCGAUGUGUUCACUCAGAGGUCUAGAGGUUUUAGACAUGAGACACAAUCAGCUACAAGCUAUACCAAAAGACGUUUCGAGAUUUGAUCGAAUGCGUGUUCUGAACUUGAGCAAUAAUCAGAUCCGCACACUAGACCCUGAUUUUUGUGGCAUCAAGAACCUCCAUGUUUUGGAUCUCUCUGACAACUUACUUGACGAUAUUCCUGAAGAAUUUGAAGGAAUGAAUGAACUCGCUGAUUUGGACAUUUCAAAUAACCAGUUCUUACAAUUUCCCAAAAUAGUGUUUGCUAUACCAAAUCUUGAACGUCUGAAAUAUGACCAGAGGAACGGACAUCCGACUCCUUCACUUCCGGAUGAGGUUGAGUUUUCUGGACUUUCCUAUCUGAUAGUGUCCAAUAACACACUGAGAACACUCCCGAACACCAUCAACGGCAUGAAGAACAUCCAGUCCUUCGUAGCGGACAACAAUGACAUUUGUGUUUUGCCUGAGGCUCUCUGUGAACUAAAAAAUCUCAAAGUGCUACAUUUGAAUAAUAAUUCGCUGACGUCACUUCCGGAAAAUUUCGACAACCUUUCGGGAUUAAAGGACCUGCGCCUCUACAACAACCCACUAAAGACGCCACCGAUGGAUAUUUGUGUUAGUGGCGUUAUGCAGCCAAUUGGUCGAUUCAUCAGACGAGCGAUGGAGCGUGAAGAACUGUUGCUGUUGAAGAUGUUUGAGGAGAUAAAGACUUCCCUGGAUAAGAAUGAGAUUCGAUACAUGAUGAAGAAGUUCCGAUUCCCGGAUACGAAGAUCACAGAACUGGAACAGACAUAUCACGGGAAAGACAGGAUACAAGAAAGAGUGUACAACGCCAUGUUGUUUUGGAAGGACUUCAAAGGACCCUUGGCAACCAUUGACGAGUUGAUCCGGGUAUUUCAUAUCGUUGGUUACGAACAGUUGUGCUCGAAACUAAAAUCAAUGAAAAUUUUCUCCCAGAGAUUGAGGUUUUAA